GCCGGGCGGGGCGGGGCGAGGCGAGGGGAGACAGGCGAGCUCGCCGAGCUCGCUGCUGCCUGGCUGAGGCGGGAGGGACGCGGGGCUGCGGCGGGGCGGAUGGGGCUGGCGCCGGCGGAGAGGCUCUGGGAAGAGAGAAGCGGCAGCACACACCAUGCUUUGCUGGAAACGCACCGUCCCCUCGCCCCGCGGACCCUGAGACACCUGCCCCCUCCUAGGACUGCGGAGCCCUGAGCUGCCCCCUUUCUUUGCUGCAUGCCCAGUCACGAGUGCUGGAUUAUGUUCGUCGCAUUCUCCCUCUGCUCCAUAAUUUGGUUGAAUCGUGGCUUCAAGUUAAGGAAAAGGGGCUGCACUUCAGCGUGCGGGAGCUUGAGCGUGUGCGGGGCCAUCCUCACCAGGCUUCGCUCGACCUGGCUCGUGCAAAGAUGGUAAACGCACAAAGAAUGGUGCAGGGCUAGAGCAGCGCCUGAGCCUGCGCCCGACGUCCCGAGCAGCUGGCCCGGCUUCAGCCACCCUGUGCAGCAGAGAAGAUGGGCAGCACCGAGGGCUUUCAGUACCGUGCGCUCUACCAGUACUGCAAAGAGCGCAACGAGGACAUCGACCUGCUCCCCGGGGACAUCCUGGUGGUGAGCAAAGGGGCCUUACAGGCCCUGGGCUUCAAGGAUGGAGACGAGCAGACGCCCAACCAGAUCGGGUGGAUCCCGGGCGUCAAUGAGCGCACCAAGCAGAAAGGGGAUUUCCCUGGCACCUAUGUGGAGUACAUCGGGCCGGUGAAGAUCUCCCUCCCUUCCCACAGACCCAGGGUGCAGAGACCCCUGCCAGCGACUCCUGGGGCCAGCAUCUCCCGCAUGCAGGAGGCGCUGGAGCAAGGUUGGCUCCUCCCGGACCUGGCGGAGCAGUUCACCCCCCCUGAAGUCGCGCCCCCGCUUCUGCUCAGGCUGGUGGAAGCCAUUGAGAAGAAAGGCUUAGACAGUGAGAUGUUAUACAGGACGUCUGGCUCGGAGUUGAGACAAGCACUGAAGACCGAUUGGGUGCUGGGCGACGUGGAGCCGCUCGACGUGCAUUCCCUGGGCGAGGCGCUGCGGGGCUUCCUGCAGGACCUGCCUGCUCCCGUGGUCCCGGCGUUGGUGCAUGGCGAGAUCCUGCGCAUCCUGCAGGAGAUCCCGCAGCCAGAGAGCUGCAGGAAGCAGCUGCUGCUGGCGCUGGAGUCUCCUGCGGUCCCUCUCCAGAACCUGCUCACCUUGCAGUUCCUGCUCCACCACCUGGAAAAGGUGUCCCAGCAGGCCGAGAGCAACGGACUCCACCCUCGGGCCCUGGGCGAGAUCUUCGGCCCUCUGCUGCUCCGGCUACCUGGCACCAGUGCAGAGCUGAGCCCCGAUUUCUCAGGGCUCUUCCUGGAGACGCUUCUGCAGGCAAAGGACUCGGAGCCGGAACAAGUGCCACCAGCUCUGCCUCCGAAGCCCUCAAAGCCGAAGCCCGGUGGAGCCAGCCUGGCCAAUGGGAGCAGCGCGCCCCUGCAGGAGGCGGAGUGGUACUGGGGUGACAUUUCCAGGGAGGAGGUAAACGAGAAGCUGCGCGACACGCCUGACGGCACCUUCCUGGUCCGCGACGCCUCCAGUAAGAUCCAGGGGGAGUACACGCUCACGCUGAGGAAAGGGGGCAACAACAAGCUGAUCAAGAUCUUCCACCGGGAGGGGAAGUACGGCUUCUCGGAGCCCCUGACCUUCGGCUCCGUGGUGGAGCUCAUCAACCAUUACCGGCAUGAGUCGCUGGCCCAGUACAACGCCAAGCUGGACAGCAAGCUGCUCUACCCCAUCUCCAAGUACCAGCAGGACCAGCUGGUGAAGGAGGACAGCGUGGAGGCUGUGGGGGAGCAGUUGAAGGUCUAUCACCAGCAAUACCAGGACAAGAGCCGGGAGUACGACUUGCUGUACGAGGAGUAUACGCGCACCUCGCAGGAGCUGCAGAUGAAAAGGACGGCUAUCGAGGCCUUCAACGAAACCAUCAAGAUCUUUGAGGAGCAGUGCCAGACGCAGGAGAGGUGCAGCAAGGAGUACAUCGAGCGCUUCCGGCGGGAGGGCAAUGAGAAGGAGGUGCAGCGGAUCCUGAUGAACUCCGAGAAGCUGAAGUCGCGCGUCACGGAGAUCCACGACAGCAAGAUGAAGCUGGAGCAGGACCUGAAGAAACAGGCCUCGGAGAACCGGGAGAUCGACAAGCGCAUGAACAGCCUCAAGCCGGACCUCAUGCAGCUGCGCAAGCUCCGGGACCAGUACCUGGUGUGGCUGACGCAGAAAGGGGCCCGGCAGAAGAAAAUCAACGAAUGGCUGGGCAUCAAGAACGAGACCGAGGACCAGUACUCCAUGAUGGACGACGAGGAGGAGCUGCCGCACCAUGAGGAGCGCACCUGGUACGUGGGGAAAAUCAACCGUGUGCAGGCGGAGGAGAUGCUGUGUGGCAAGCGCGACGGCACGUUCCUGAUCCGCGAGAGCAGUCAGAAGGGCUGCUACGCCUGCUCUGUGGUGGUGGACGGCGACACCAAGCACUGUGUGAUCUACAAGACAGUGACCGGUUACGGCUUUGCCGAGCCCUACAACCUGUACGCAUCCCUGAAGGACCUGGUUCUGCAUUACAAACACAUGUCCCUGGUGCAGCACAACGACUCCCUGAAUGUCACGCUGGCUUACCCGGUCCUCUCCCAGCCACCUGCCAGAUGAGCCACUGACGCAGGGCACAAUGGCUCUGCCACCUCCUCCCCAGGCUCUGGCUCUGUCCCUUGUCUGCCCCCCAGAGCCUGGGGGAUGUCGUGACCUGUUCCUGGUGUCCCGCUCGCUCAGCAGUAGAAACCCAGCUGGACGCUGGCCGAUGGGGAGGCAAUGCUGGGCCGUCGGCUUGGGGUGUAAAAGCCGUUUGUGACUUCAACCUUUCCGAGGAGGAGUCCAGUCGCAGGCUAAUUGCUAUGGGGGGGCUUCAUCUCUCCCUUCGCAGUUCCCCGGGGGUGUUUUUGCUCCCCUUCCCCCCGCUGUGUAUCUCUGUACAGCUCGGUUCCUAGUUCCUGUGUGUGCCAUGGGGUCGCCAGCCCAGCGGCCACGUCUCACGUUAUAACUGAGGUGCUACCCCUGCUCCAGUGGGACCAGCCCUGCUGGGAAGGGGCGGGCAGCACUCUUUCCUGAACCACAAGUGGUCGUUGCUAAAACCGUUCUCUCCUUUCCCUUCCCUUCAGUAAUCCUGGAGUGAGCACCGGCCUUUGGUCUGAAGGGUGCCAGCCUCUCCCAGAGAGAGAGCAAGAAAAGGGGGAACUUGAUCAUUGAAGGGGUUGGCGAGGGCACGGCACGCUGGCUCCUUGGCAGAGAUGCCAGAUGUUCCAUGUAACCCCUGGGUGUGGCUUGCAGGGGAGGCUCCGUUAGAUUAGUUCGUUACUAACCCACCUGCCUCGCCUUGGUUGUGCCAGCUAAGCUGUGAAAUCCGUGUUGGUACCAGUGCUUCCCUGGGCUGCGUCUGGGGGAUGCACAACUGUGCUUGUCCAUUGCUUCUGGGGAGUCUCCUCCGUGUCACUGGUCAGAGCUCACUGUAGCCAUGUAAAUACGGUUAUUUUAUAAUCAGCUGCUUGCUAGUGCCCGUUCGUAUGCAGAACCCUUGUUACGACAUGCACCCCUCGGGCAGCGACAGACCGAGCGCAUCCCUGGGCCAGGGAGAACGGGAAGCCAGAGGUGGCUGGAAUGUCAGACACGCUGCGAGCCCUAUGCAGACGGAGGCCCUCUCUGCAAGGGAAGGGUGGGACUAGGCCAUGCCCCUCCAGCCCUGGGGCCUCGGCAUGGAGCAACGUAUAUGCGUGAGGUAGAACGAUGUAGGCGGAGCCAACUGUUUCUGAAGCACUUCUACUCCUGAGUACUGUACGGAGCCGGCACAGAGCUGAGCCCUGGGGAAGGAGCUGGGGAUUUCUGUAAUAUUUCCAGUCGUGUCUGUUUUAGCACGAGGGAGCAGGAGAAUUGCUGUGUGUUUCCUGAUGAUGCCUGAGCCAGGCAGCAGUGCAGGGCAUGGGUCUGACCAUGUGGGGCAGGGGAGGGGGCCAGUGUUACCUACCGGGUGAGACGGGGGGGGUUCUCUUCGACAGAGCAAAAUGGUUUGGGAAGCUUUCUGGGCGGGAUGUGGUACCUCUCCCUCCGUGUCGGGCCUCAGUGGGCACCAGCCCCUGGCAGCACCUGCCCCUCUGCCCCAGCAUGGCUGGCAGCGCCAGGGGGGUGGAGGGGUGAUGCUCAGGAUCCCACAGCUCUCUCCACUCAGCACUGUGCCUGCCCAGCUCUGGGGAGGUGCCACUCGCCCCCUUGAUCCGUCCCCAAAGGCCCCAUGUUCCGUCCCAGCUGGGGGUGGACGCUUGGUCUGUGUCGGUAGCAGCAGGUGGGAGAUCUCAGCUGACAGUGUCGGGAGCACGGGUGUGAUCUGCUGAGGCGGGGUGUGCAUACCGUGUGUGGGCGACGCUGGGGCGUGGCACAGGCUUGGAUGCUCUUCGUUGUCACGACCACGUGACUCCCCCCGCCCUUCCCAUGCCUGCACCAUCGGCUCAGCUGUUCGUGCCCUGCUGCUCUGGCCUGGUUUCCUCUCUCGGUAAACACUGGGGCUGUCUCCAGUGUGGGUGGAGCCAAGUGUGGCAGCCUCGGGCGCUCGUGGCGCUGGGAAUUGCAGGAGCUGACGUGGCCCUACGUGUGGCGGUGUGAGCAUGGCUCUCUGUUCUCACCUGGGUGCACG